AUGGCACACCAAGCUGAACUGAAGGUUAUUGAGGAUAAUCCUAUUGGAGGUAGCCUUGAUGCCCUGCGCACUUUCUUUGAAUCGAUCUGCUAAGGCAAGGGCCUCUCACACUUAUGCGCACGCGAAGUGUUGGAUCAGUCGAACGGAGAAGGCAAGUUAUUGCACAUCGGUUUCAUCACAAGGAUGCACCUCUGACCAGUUUUUAGAUCUUCGGAAUCUCACACUUGUCCUCCUUUCUUCUCUGCAGAGUCUCCCAAUAGCUGGUCUACUUCCUUCCAAAUCAGGCCAAAACAUAUUACGACGCGACCUCAUCACACUAAUAUCCGCUGUCCCUUCCCCUGAUUUCGACUUCGACCGCGUUCGACCACUGCUCGAAUCCACCCUCGCUGAUAAACUAGACGAUGCCUUUAUCUGGAGACACGUCUAUAAUGCUGCUGUCGAAUCUACUCCGCCUCCCCGAACAGUAGCUUCUUCCUUCAACAAACCCCAUGGCGCCACACCAGCAGCUUUCCGAAUUCGUCAGAACACCGUGAAUUUAUUGACGCUGUGCUCAGGGAGGAGCUUGGACCCAUGUUUGUCGGACUCCGCGGCUUCUUUGAUGCAUACUUUGGAGCAGUCCCUGAUCUUGCAACUGCAUCUGAAGCAUUCUUUACGGAGUGUCAGAAGGGCAGGAACCGACUCUUUAAUAAAGGUUGGAGGGGUUGGCCAGAAGAUGCGAAGCAGGAUGAUGUUUUGAGUUGGCUUGCAGAUUUCAUUGAUAAACUGUCGGCGUUUGGCCAGGCUAGAAGGCCAAGAGCAACAAUCCGAAGACCGAAGACCGCUAGCGAAGCCGAACAAACCGAUCGAUGGAUCCAUUGGGACGAGAAAGAUGGAUAUAGGGUUCGUGGAUGACCCCGAAGCAAAUCAGGAAUCGAGAUGCCACUGGCGUCAAAUCCUCGUACCAGGAGAGCUCAAGAGCAAGCCAACAGCUGAUACAACCUCGGAAGCAUGGCUUGAUCUCGGAAGGUACGUAAGGGAAGUAUUUGCAGCUCAGGAUAACCGUCGAUUUGUCCUGGGCUUUACCAUCUGCGGAUCUUCCAUGAGAGUCUGGCUAUUUGGCCGGCUUGGGGGCAUUGCAUCCGAGCCGUUUGAUAUUAAUGAAGAUGGGCUGCGGUUUGUGUUUGUAAUACUCGGAUUUGUCUGGAUGGACGAGGAGCAGCUUGGCUUUGAUCCGACCAUCAUUUCGGAGAACAACACGCGUUAUAUCGAGAUUAAACGGAACGGCCUGAAAGAGCGGAUCAUUAUCGAGGAGCGGUUGCAGCGCGCACGUUGCAUAGUGGGCUGA